CCACCCCCCGCCCGUGAACUUUCCCCGACCCCGACGGCAGGGCUGGGUUUACAGCCCCGGGAAGGUGAAGGUGAAGCGGGGCUGAAGGUCGCCGGCAUCGCACCAGGUGAGGGCGGGGGUUGGGCGGAGCCGCGACCCCCCAGGUGUCCACCCCAGCCCCGAGCUCAGCUCCCCCCGGCCCGGAAGGAGGGAGGAAGCGGAGUCUGAAUUAAUCCCAGCCCCAAGAAUAGGGCCCAGGUGUCCCCGCUUCCUGCCGGCUCCGCGCUUCUCCCAGAGCUGCCCUGAAGCCUCGAAGAGGAGGGGGGUAUCCAGGGCAGCCCCCACCGCUCUGCCCCAGGCUCCGCGCAGCCCCCAGCCAUGGAAGCCACCACCUCUCUGCUGGAUGCUGCGGCCGUCGGGGAUCUGGUGAUGCUGGACCCGCUCAGCGAGGAGGCCCUGCUCCGCACCCUGCAGGAGCGCUUCAGCCGCGAGGAAAUCUACACAUACAUUGGGGAGGUGGUGAUCUCAGUGAACCCCUACAAACCAUUGCCCAUCUACACCCCCGAGAAGGUGGAGGAGUACCACAACUGCAACUUCUUUGCCGUGAAACCCCACAUUUAUGCCAUUGCUGAUGAUGCAUAUUGCUCGCUGCGGGACCGGGACCGGGACCAAUGCAUCCUCAUCACUGGUGAAAGUGGAGCUGGCAAGACAGAGGCCAGCAAGCUGGUGAUGUCCUACGUGGCGGCCGUGAGCAGCAAAGGGGAGGAGGUGGACAAAGUGAAGGAGCAGCUGCUGCAGUCCAACCCUGUGCUGGAGGCCUUUGGGAACGCCAAAACCAUCCGCAAUGACAAUUCCUCCCGAUUUGGCAAAUACAUGGAUGUGGAGUUCGACUUCAAGGGAGAUCCUCUGGGAGGGGUCAUCACUAACUGUCAGUGCUGUCCCCUCCCCUCUCCCCCCCGGUGGUCUCAGCCUCCCCUGAGCUGCAGUUAUACUCAUCCCCCCUUCCCCCCCCAAACCCUGACAGAUCUGCUGGAGAAAUCCCGCAUCGUCCGCCACGUGAAGGGCGAGAGGAAUUUCCACAUCUUCUACCAGCUGCUGGCGGGGGGCUCAGCACAGCUGCUCCAGAAGUUGAAGCUGCGUCCGGACUGCAGCUACUAUGGUUACCUGAACCGUGAGAAGUCAGUGCUGCCCGGCAUGGAUGAUGCCGCCAACUUCCGUGCCAUGCAGGAUGCCAUGGCGAUCAUCGGCUUCACACCCACUGAGGUGACGGCACUGCUGGAGGUGACAGCUGUGGUGCUCAAACUGGGCAACGUGGAGCUGAGCAGCUGCUUCCAGGCCAGCGGGAUGGAGGCAUCCAGCAUCACCGAGCCACGGGAGCUGCAGGAGAUCAGCCAGCUGAUCGGGCUGGACCCCAGCACUCUGGAGCAGGCGCUGUGCUCACGCACUGUGAAGGUGCGGGAUGAGAGCGUGCUGACUGCGCUCAGCGUCUCCCAGGGCUACUACGGCCGUGAUGCAUUGGCCAAGAACAUCUACAGCCGCCUGUUCGACUGGCUGGUGAACCGCAUCAACACCAGCAUCAAGGUGAAGCCAGGCAAGCAGAGGAAGGUGAUGGGAGUCCUGGAUAUCUACGGCUUCGAGAUCUUCCAGGACAAUGGCUUCGAGCAGUUCAUCAUCAACUACUGCAAUGAGAAGCUGCAGCAGAUCUUCAUCCUGAUGACGCUGAAGGAGGAGCAGGAGGAAUAUGUCCGAGAGGUAAUGCUGACCCCAAAGGGAUGCGGCUCUGGGGAGCCUCAGUGGGAUGGGGAAGCGCCUCAGACGGCCCCACAGCACGUCCCUUCCUCACCGCCCCCCACCGGGAGAGCAACUCAAUGGCAGGAAGGCGGGGAGGGAUUCGGGAUCCCCGUCUCGGCGGCCGGACGUCCGCUUCCUGCCCAACACCAACAGGGGGUGCCCAUGGAGCAGGGUUUGUGCAUGACACCCCUCUGCUCCCAGGGCAUCAAGUGGACGCCAGUGGAGUUUUUCGACAACAGCAUCAUCUGCGACCUCAUUGAGAACAGCAAAGUUGGGAUCCUGGCCAUGCUGGACGAGGAGUGCCUGCGGCCCGGCACCGUGAAUGAGGACACCUUCAUCACCAAACUGAACCAGAUCUUCGCCUCCCACAAACGCUAUGAGAGCAAAGAGACGCUGAACGCCAAACACGUCACCGACAUCAGCCUGCCGCUGCGCUGCUUCCGCAUCCACCACUAUGCUGGGAAGGUGACCUACAACGUGACAGGCUUCAUCGAGAAGAACAACGACCUGCUGUUCCGUGACCUGUCCCAGGCCAUGUGGGCCGCCCGGCACACUCUGCUGCGCUCCCUCUUCCCCGAGGGUGACCCCCAAAGACCCUCCCUCAAACUGCCUCCCACCACCGGCUCCCAGUUCAAGGCAUCCGUGGCGACGCUGAUGAAGAACCUCUACUCCAAGAAUCCCAACUACAUCAGGUGCAUCAAGCCCAACGACACCAAGACAGCAAUGCUCUUCACUCCGGACCUGGUGCUGGCUCAGGUGCGCUACCUGGGGCUGAUGGAGAACGUGCGGGUACGGCGUGCAGGCUACGCCUUCCGUCAGCUCUACCAGCCCUUCCUGAAGCGCUACAAGAUGCUGAGCAGGAGGACCUGGCCCCACUGGACGGGCAGUGACAGGGAAGGCACUGAGGUGCUGCUGGCAGAGCUGAAGUUCCCCUCCGAGGAGCUGGCAUAUGGCCACACCAAAAUCUUCAUCCGCUCACCGCGAACUCUCUUUGACCUGGAGAAGCGGCGCCAGCAGCGCGUGGCCGAGUUGGCCACCCUCAUCCAGGCGAUGUUCCGCGGUUGGCGCUGCAGGAAGCAGUACCAGCUGAUGCGCAAGAGCCAAAUCCUCAUCUCCGCGUGGUUCCGCGGCCAUGCGCAAAGGAACCGGUACAAGCAGAUGAAGCGCUCGGUGCUGCUGCUGCAGGCGUAUGCACGGGGCUGGAAGUCCCGCCGGCUCCUUCGGGAGCUGAAAGUUCAGCGCCGCCGUCAUUUGGCCGCCAGCACCAUUUCUGCAUACUGGAAAGGGUAUCAGACCCGCAGGACGUACCGCCGCUACUUCCGCUCCGAUGCCCGCACGCGUCUGUCCAACUUCAUCUACCGGCGGAUGGUACAGAAGUACCUCAUGGGACUGCAGAAGAACCUCCCCCCGAUGGCGGUGCUGGACCGGACCUGGCCCCCUGCACCCUAUAAGUUCCUGUCCGACGCCAACCAGGAGCUGAAGGGCAUCUUCUACCGCUGGAAGUGUAAGAAGUACCGGGAGCAGCUCUCCCCGCAGCAGCGCGCUGUGCUGCAGGACAAGCUGUGUGCCAGCGAGCUGUUCAAGGACAAGAAGGCGUUGUAUGCCCAGAGCCUGCAGCAGCCCUUCCGUGGUGAGUACCUGGGCCUGACGCAGAACCGCAAGUACCAAAAGCUGCAGGCGGUGGCCAAGGAUAAGCUGGUGAUGGCCGAGGCGGUGCAGAAGGUGAACAGAGCCAACGGGAAGACGGUGCCACGGCUGCUGCUGCUCACCACUGAGCACCUGGUGCUGGCCGACCCCAAAGCAGCACAGCCCAAAAUGGUGCUCAGCCUCAGCGACAUCCGCGGAGCCUCCGUCAGCCGCUUCUCCGAUGGGCUGCUGGCGCUGCACCUCAAGGAGACGUCCACUGCUGGGGGUAAAGGCGACCUCCUGCUGGUGAGCCCCCACCUCAUCGAGCUCGUCACCCGCCUGCAUCAGACCCUGAUGGAUGCCACCGCGCAGGCGCUGCCGCUGAGCAUUGCCGACCAGUAUGCGGGGCUGGGGGCGUGGCCUGUGGGGGCGUGGCCUACGUGGGCGUUUCCGGAAGGGGCGUGGUCUGGAAGGGGGCGUGACAGGGUGUGUUGGGAAGGGCGGGGUGGGAAUCAGGUUGCUCAUUGGGCAGGAUGAGGGUGUGGCAGAGGGCGGGGCCAGAUUGGAGGCAGCUCAUUGGGCAGCAGGAGGGGCGUGGCCAGGCGUUCCCCCAGCCCACCCCCCAUCUCCCCCAGGUUCUCCACACGGUUCCCGAAGGGCGACGUGGCCGUCACCGUGGUGGAGUCGGCCAAAGGCAGCAGCGACGUCCCGGUCUGCAAGAAAC